AUGGCUAUAUUCGAAAAAUUAAAUCCAGUCAAGGCUACUUUAGAUGAUACUGUUAACCUUGUCUGUUCAUUAGAAAAUGCUCAAAAUAUUAAUAGACAUACUGAAUAUAUAUUGCGAAUCCAAAGAGGACCGGGCAAGGACAAUUCUUGGACCGUAUCUCGCCGAUAUCGCGAUUUUGCCUCCUUACACUUAAGUUUGCAACACGCAAAUAUUGGCCUUCCCUUGCCACCUAAAAAACUAAUUGGCAAUAUGCAACCUUCUUUUGUGGCAGAACGACAAAUAGCUCUACAGAAUUAUAUAGAUGAAGUUUUGAAGCACCUGAUCUUAGCAUUAUCGUUACCAGUGAGAAGGUUUUUGGAUCCCGUUAACUAUUCAAAAAAUAUAGGAGAUGAAGCUCUGCAGACAGUCUCAAUUGCUCUUCGAGGAGAUGGGGAAUAUGAACUCAAGGGACCUUUACCAGAGAUAAAUUGGAGGAUACGAAAACAUUAUUUCUCCGUCAUCGACUCAGAGAAAACAAAUUUUUUACUCGCUUGGCAGAGUUAUGGACCAGAUAAGUAUUUGCAUACUAAAGAUUUACAAACAUGCUUUAAGAGUUUACAAAAUAUAUCGCAUCCUUACAUCGAUGGAAUUUUAGCGAUACAUUCGCUAGAAACGGGUGCGUACGUUGUUAGACGGUUACACGAAAAAGGUUCGUUGCGCGACAUUAUCUAUGGGACGGAGUAUGACAAGAAUUAUUUAGCUAAGUAUGGUAACCCGAAAAUAAGAAAGCCGCUGACGAAGGGGCAAAUUGCUCAUUAUGGAUAUCAAAUAUUGCAGGCGUUGAGAUUUUUACACGAUAAAGGACUGCCACAUGGGCAUCUCCACCCGGGCAAUAUAUUUAUAGAGAACCAAAGAAUACUUCUCGUGGAUAUGGAAAAUAUUUUGCUAGGCGCCUCCAGCAUAUACCGACCGUAUUUACGAGAACUCAGGCAUUCAACACCUGAAGCUGUAGACGUGUAUAGCUUUGGACGAACGUUGUACGAGAUGGCGUUCGCUGAGACCCUGGAGGGCUGUUACUGUGAUAAAUUUGAUGGAUUAUUCGAUGAUAUAGAAUCAGUAUUACACUUGACUCUGUCAAGUACGUCGUGGAAGCGAGGCGGUGUUAGCUUAGAAGAAUUACUCCAGCAUCCCUUCUUUACGCGUGCCAUAAAUGGAUUUCCGCGUGACGUAAAGGGACAUCUGAAAUUCCCUCUGGUCUUGAAGAACGAUCUCAAAGAAGCCGUUAUUGCUGUAGAGGGGAGGUUGAAGGUGGACCAGAAACUAGUUCGAAACGCUCGCAGAGAGUUGAGAAUUAAAGAGAUACUGGGAUCCGAAACAGAGAUGAGGAAACAGCGACGGAGAGCGAAAAAACGCGAUAGCCUGUGGAAAUCGACCUCGUCUUUGGCGGAAACUGUUAAUUCUCACUCUGCAAGUACUACGUCCUCACCAACGCCACCAGCCACGACAGUGGGCGAGAACAGCGGCCUAUCUCCACCUUCAAGCAACGGGCGGGGUGCGUUACUACAAGCGAUAUGUUCCUUCGAUAAGUCUUCGCUCGCUAGAAUUAACUCGCGGUAA